UUUCAGGUGAAACCAGUGCGGCAGAGACGACAGCCAGUGUCAUAAAAAAAAAUCUGCAAUAAUUACACAAAUUGGAGAUUACGGUUGGGCCUAACGGGUUGGACUGGGCUGCUGUGUUGACUGGAGACAGACACAAUGAGCUACGGAAGGGCGCCGCCAGACGUUGAGGGGAUGACCUCCCUGAAAGUGGACAACCUCACGUACCGUACUUCACCGGAGACUCUGCGCCGAGUUUUUGAGAAGUACGGCCGUGUGGGAGAUGUUUACAUCCCCCGGGACAGGUACACUAAGGAGAGCCGCGGGUUCGCCUUCGUGCGAUUCCUUGACAAGCGCGACGCCGAGGACGCAAUGGAUGCUAUGGACGGCGCGCUGCUGGACGGGCGGGAGCUCCGGGUGCAGAUGGCCCGCUACGGGAGACCCCCGGACUCCAUGCACAGCCGGAGAGGGGCUCCGCCGCGCAGAUCCGGAGGGGGGUACGGCGGACGCAGGAGUCGUUCAGCCAGCCCUCGACGUCGCAGACGUAGCCGCAGCCGCUCCAGGAGCUGGAGCCGAUCCCGCUCCAGGAGCCGCCACCACUACAGCCGCUCCAGGUCUCACUCCGACUCCAGGUCAAGGUCCAAGUCUAAGUGCAAGUCCAGGACCCCAAGACGAAGCAAGACAAAAUCUCCCUCAAAGUCCCGGUCUUCUAGGUCAAGGAGUCGAACCCCGUCUUCAAACAGAGGGUCCAAAUCAAAGUCCCGCUCCAAAUCCAAGAGUAGGCCAAAAUCUCCAGAGGACAACGGAGCAGAGAUUUAAUCCAGUCUUGGACACAGCAUGACGAUCUCAGAUGACUGAGCCUUUGCUGAGGACAUCAGGAAGAGUCUCACAUUGAGCAAGUGGACUCCACUAUUACCACUGAAAGCAGACUGAAAGGUUAUUGGAGCUUGGUCUAAAAUGAUUUGACUUUAUUUACAAAAACUAUUUUGUAACAUUGAUGUGAUCAUUGUUUGCGAAGUUGAGCAAUUUGAAAGGGAUUUAAAAUAAGUUCUUCUCUUGCUGAUUUAAAUUGGGUUUACCCUAGCACUUUUUUUAUGAACUUACAUUUCCUUUAAUUUAACCCCUUGUUUAAUAAUCUUUCUAAAUGAAUAUGAACGUUUUAUUUGCAGGGUGUAAUGUUGAAUGUUCAGAGCUUUUACAUCUGUUUUACCACUCUUAUGGAGAUUUUUUUUUUCCUGUACAGUGAAAAAGGCAAAACAUCAAAGGCACUUAAUAUUUUAAUUUGCUUAUCCCGCAGACUACAUGUUUUUAUUUUCUGUCAAAUCUCUAUUUUCUGUCUGGUUAAAGUUGCUUUCCUAUGACUCUAACCCUCUUUCUUGUGUAUCUUUUGUGCACUAGGCGCAGUUGUGUAGCAGUUGAGUAAUGCUGGUUAGCUGUUAAGAUGCGGUGCAGUGCGGUGGUGACAUGGUGUGGCGUGUUGCGGUGCUGAGUGCCCGGCGCUGUUCCGGGGCUCGACCCUCCGCUGCUGUUUGCCGGUUUGUAAGCUCACAAGUGUGGCAGAUCAUCUAUCCUCUCCUGUCCUGUCCUCUCUCCCUUUCCCCCCCGCCCGCCCCCCCCGCCUAUACAGAUUCUCUCCUUCCUUUUCUCUCUAUUCCCCCUCUCCUCUGUGGUUUAUCCACUGUUAAUAACAAGUUUUGCUUGCUUUUUUUAAUUGAAUCCAGUGUGACUCCUAGUGAAGGGUUUAAUGGGCAGUCCAGGCUGCUUAAAGAAAUUAUUUGUGUAUUUCAUUCCUCUGAACCUCAAACGUCUUGUAAUUGCUUUAGGUGAAUGUCAAUAAACAUCUGUCGUUCCAAA